AGCGGCGAGUCAAUCGAAAUUCUGUUGUCAAAGCGUGCGGUUCGUUCGGUCUCGCGUGUAGAGGAACCGAAAGCCACAAGAAGGCAAGAAAGAAGCAGAAGGAAUCGCAGGAGACAGUCGCCACUUGGAGCGACCAGUUCCAAAAAUUCAGACAGACAGAGACCAAAGACCAUAAACCAUAGCCCGUGCAUAUAGAAAUUGCUAUGCGCAGAUAGUGCGGUGCGGCCAGUGGCACUUUAUUUAUAAAUUCUCUAUAUUUUUGGAUCAAACUUGGGGCGGAAAGCAAAAGUGUUUCAAGUAUUCGUCUCGUACCAUCUCGGUUCGGUGUGUGCUGUGUUCCGUGUGUUCGCGUGAAAAUGCCUUUGGCGAAAUUUUGAAAUAUCAAAAUCGAGAAACGCGUACUUAAUCCACAAAAAAACACAUACAAAUAAUCCCAAAUGAUGUACUUAAGCAACAAACUGUGUUCCUGGCUGCUGCUGCUGCUGGCGGUGGUGUGCUGCAGCCCCAUCCUGGUCAGCGGACAGUUCGAGCACUAUCUGGACAGCCUGCGCUCCAAUGAGCUGUACGAGUUCGUCGACGAUGGAUCCGCAUCGGGCAGCAUCCAGUUCCUGCCCAAGGGCGACAGCGAACGCACCGUCCUGCAAUUGGAGCAGCCAAUCAGCUUCUAUGGCGAGCAGUACGAGCAGCUCUAUAUCAAUACCAAUGGCAUCCUGACGUUCAACGUGGAAUUCCCCGAGUACUUGAAUCAGCCCUUCCCCCUGGAGUAUCCCUCGAUAGCCGCCUUCUACUCGAACGUGGAUACAUCGAACAGCGGGGAUGAGACCUCCAUCUCGCUAUUCCAGACCAAGGAUCCAGCCACCCUGGACAGAGCUUCGCAGCUGGUGCGCUACGCCUUCAGCGAACAGGCCGCAUUCGAGGCGCAACAAGUGGUUGUGGCCACCUGGCACAACGUCGGCUACUUCGACUCCAAAACGGACAAGGUGAACACGUUCCAAGUGGCGCUGAUUGCCAACGAACUGCAGACCUUUGUGCAGUUCAUCUACCCAGAGGGCGGCCUCAACUGGCUCCAGGGCGAGUCCUUGGGCCUUGGCCUGCCCGACAUUCGCGCUCAGGCUGGUUUCGUGGCUGAGGACGGACGUUACUACAGCUUGAAUGGAUCUGGAUCGGCGAAUGCCCGUUUCCUUAGCGAGAGCACGAACCUGGGUGUGUCCGGUGUCUGGCUGUUCGAGGUGGCUCCAGUGGCGGCGCAGCAGAACGUGCGCAUCCCCGACAAUGCAGAGACUUGGACAGAGUCGCCAGCUCUGGCGCAAAGCUGCCAGGCGAAUGGACAUCAGUGCCACGACAAGGCGCAGUGUCACGACAAGGCCGAGGGCUACUGCUGCGUCUGCGAACCGGGAUUCUACGGCAACGGCAAGGCUUGUCUGGCCAAUGAUCUGCCCAUUCGUGUGACGGGCACGCUGGCGGGUGAGCUGAACGGCCGCCCGGUGGACGAGCAGGCCAAGCUGCAGUCGUACGUUGUGACCACCGAUGCCAGAUCCUACACGACCAUCAACCCACUGAGCGUGGAGCAGGGUGCCCAGAUCCGGCUGAUCCUGCCGCUGCUCACGACCGUGCCCUGGCUGUUCGCCAAGUCGGUGAAUGGAGCCUCGAAUGGCUACCAGCUGACGGGCGGCGACUACGAGCACAUCUCGCGCAUCCAGUUCGAGUCGGGGGAGACGCUGCACGUGAAUCAGACCUUCCAGGGCCUCAACUACUGGGACCAGCUGGCCGUCAAAAUCGAAAUCUACGGCGAGGUGCCAACCGUUCAGUCGGGUGCCACACUCCACCUGCCCGACUACAUCGAUGAGUAUCGCUUCGUGCGGCCCGGGGAGCUGCAGUCCGUGCAGACGCAUCAGCUGGAGCUUGUGGAGGAGCAGCGUGUGAUCAGCUUCCAGGUGGACCAGCGCAUUCUGUACCAGAGCUGCCUGCGCGACGACGAGGCCGAUCCAUCCGACACCAGCGUCAUGCAGAAGGUCUCCAAGAUCGCCCUGGACUUUGUGGAGCGUGACCAGGCGCUGCGCAUCAGCGCCAUGAGCAAGAUCGGUGUGGAUGCCGAGUCCAAUGCCUGCACCGACGGCACUGGCCAGUGCGUGGAGAACUCCGUCUGUGUGCCGUAUGAGGACACCUACCGCUGCGACUGUCGCCACGGCUAUGCCGCCCAGCUGGACGAGCGCGGCCUCGAGGUCUGUGUGGAUGUGGAUGAGUGCGCCCUGGGCACCCAUGUGUGCGAUGAGAAUGCUCUCUGCGAGAACAACGAGGGCGGAUUCACUUGCUUCUGCUCCGAGGGAUUCCAGGGUAACGGCUACAGAUGCCUGUCCAACAGCAGUGAGAGCGACAGAGCUGGCGACAACACCGCCGACAACAUUGAGUACUCCACUCCAGCCAACCAGGUGGCAGUCGAUGAACCAAGCUCCGAGAAUGAGACUGAGAAUGAGAACGAGUCUGAUCGCAAUGCAAAUCCAGAUGCCAAUUCCGAUGCCAACCAGUAUCCCUAUCCCUAUCCCAAUGCAAGUGAGGAGGAACAGGGCCACGCACAAUCGGAUGAGUGUUAUCGCUGCUCUCCCGAUGCCGACUGCUAUGAGGGACGCUGCACAUGCCGCGAAAGCUUCACUGGCGAUGGUUACCAGUGCUCCAAUCUGUGCGGCCAUGACGAGGCCUGGGAGCGCGGACGCUGCGUUCCCAUUCUGCUCGAUGCGGAGGUGGAUCCCUCGUGCGACUUUCUCGGCAACUGUCGCUGCCCGGAGGGCUACCAAAUCACCGACGAUGGUCACAUUUGUCGCUACACGCUGGAUACCGAUUUGGAGAAGAAUGGAGACUUGGUUCCUUGCGACGUGGAUGCCAACUGCCAUAUUAAUGCAACUUGCGACUGGUACGAUCACGAGCUGCGUCACAUUUGCACCUGCAACGCGGGCUUCAGCGGCGACGGCUAUGCUUGUGAGCCCAUCGAUGAUUCCUGCGCGAUUAAACCCGAGAUCUGCGACGCUCAUGCCACGUGCACCUACAACGAUCAAGAAGGCAAAUCCGAGUGCGUGUGCGAGCGCGGCUACGAGGGCGAUGGUUACCGCUGCCAGCUGGCACCGGAGUGUGAGGCCGCGGAGCAUUGCGGGGAGAACGCCUUCUGUGAUUCCGGUGUGUGCCAGUGCCAGGAGGACUACGAGCGGGAUGUGAGCGACAGGUGCGUGCCGGCCGGCCGUUGCGGCACCGUCUUCUGCGGCUCCAAUGCCAUCUGCAAAUGGGACUCGGUGCAGAGCGUUCAGUACUGCGACUGCCUCGAGGGCUAUCAGGGUGAUGCUCUGGUGGGUUGCCUCAGCAAACCCACGCCCUGCAAUGUGAGGAAUACCUGCGGCAUUCAUGCCACCUGUGAGCCAACAGAGGAUCCCGCCAAUUACGAGUGCCAGUGCAUCGCCGGCUACCAUGGCGAUGGCUACGUGUGUAUCGAGGAGCAGAAUUGCCUCAACAACCCCACGCUCUGCGACAUGAACGCCAAGUGCCACUCGACCAACUCCGGCCUGGUCUGCGCGUGCAAUCAAGGUUUCUAUGGAAACGGCUCCGUGUGCUUCGAGCGGCAGCAGCAUGACUCGGACUUUCUCAUUGUCAGCCAGGGCGUGGUCAUUGUCCGAGUUCCGCUCAACGGACGCAAUGUUCUGCCCAUUUCGGUGGCCUCGAUGGCCAUCGGCCUGGACAAGGACUGCGUGGAGGGUCGCGUCUACUGGGGCGACAUCUCGGCCAAGAAGAUUGUGAGUGCCAAGUACGAUGGCACCGACGCCCGUCCCUUCAUUACCACGGACAUUGAGUCGCCCGAGGGCAUUGCAAUUGAUGUGAUUUCCCGUCGGCUCUACUGGACUGACUCCGUCAAGGACACAAUUGAGGUGGCCAGCCUGGACGAUCCCACGCUGCGUGCGGUGGUUAUCAGCAAGCAGCUGGUGAAUCCUCGCGGCAUUGCCGUGGAUCCCUACAGAGAAAAGCUUUUCUGGUCGGACUGGGAUCGCUCCUCGCCCAAGAUUGAGUUCUCCGACUUGGACGGCACUGGACGCGAACUGCUGCUGGGCAAGGACGCCGUCACCCUGCCCAACUCUCUGGUGGUGCUGGAGAACAGCGGCGAGUUGUGCUACGCGGAUGCGGGAACCAAGAAGGUGGAGUGCAUUCAUCCACAGAACCGCCAGACCCGCACCAUUUCCAACGAGCUGUCCUAUCCAUUCGGGCUCACCUUUACCCACGAUCAGUUUUACUGGACCGACUGGACCACCAAAAAACUGGAGAGCGUUGACGCCCUGGGAACCCGCCAGAAGCCCAUUCAGACCCCAUUCUUUGGCAGCCACAAGAUGUACGGCAUGACGGUCGUCGAGCAGAACUGUCCACAGUACCAGAGCCCCUGUCAGAUCAACAAUGGAGGCUGCACAGACGCCCGACUCUGUCUGGUGAACCGCAAGGCUCCCUCGGGCAAGAGCUGCAAGUGCACCAGCGCCUCUACCGGCUGCAGUCAGCAGCCAUCGCCCUAUCCCGGCUACUGAGUCAAGGUCAAGAGUCAACUCUAAAUUGACAAAUUAUUUUUCGAUACGUAUACAGAGAAGCACAAACACAAAGAAAAUACAAACAAAACAAAGAGUUAAGAAACGCUAACUAAAUUAAAUGUACUAACUAGGAAUGCCUGUGUGCCAUUUUAUGUAAAUCAACACUGAAAACUUAAUACAAAAUAAAAGUAAGCACCCGCAUGUGGGUCUAGAAAUAAAAAUAAAUCCU